AUGUGCGCAUCCUCGCAAGUUAAAGACUGGGAUCCUGAUACGUCUUUUGUUGGAGUAGAUGCAACCGACGGCUCGUCCCCAUGUCGCAAAAACUCACUUUUUUCGCGUAUUCGUUUUAUAUCCCCGAUGUAUUCGCCAUUUGGCGACUUCACAAAUCAUAAUCUAUUCCAUGUAGCAUCUAGCACUAUGGUGUACGUGAACCGUACACUUCUGGUAAUUGUGAAGAAAACACAUGUCAUGUAG